AUGGCAUCAAUAAUUUUAUGUAAAGAAGAGAAAUCAUAUUGCAAAGCUGUGGAUUUCUUGUCAAAUGGCUUUGUAAUAGCUGUACCGACAGACACAAUAUAUGGGUUGGCUUGUAGUGCUAAUUGUCCAGAAGCAAUAAAAAAAUUGUAUUCUAUUAAAGGUAGGGACUCUGCUAAACCUGUUGCUAUUUGUGUUAGUUAUAUAUCAGAUGUUAGAAAAUGGGGUGAAGCAUCACAUUUAUGUGAUAACUUACUUCAGAAUCUAUUCCCUGGUCCUGUCACUGUAGUACUACAAAAAACUAAAAAUUUAAAUAAUCCAUAUUUAAAUCCUCAUACCACAAAAAUUGGUAUACGUAUACCAAAUCAUGAGUUUAUUAAUAAAAUUACAAAAGUAUUUAAUAACCCUAUAGCAUUAACUAGUGCCAAUUUCAGUAAUGAACCUUCUACAUUAAAUAUAAAGGAAUUCAAACAUCUAUAUGGUCAUUUGGGUGCAGUAUUUGAUGGUGGAGUGCUCAGUCACGGAUUAGAUCAUAACAGGACUGGUUCUACAGUUAUUGAUUUAUCAGAAGUAGGGACUUAUAAUAUAAUAAGGAAAGGAAUUUCAUAUGAAAAAAUUAUUGAUAUUCUACACUGUCAUGGUUUAACUAGUAUUGAUAAG